CCCGUCUUUUGAGAUAAUUUAAAAAAACAGAGUGCUUUUUCAAAUAAAAAAGCGAAGGAGUGACAAAAUAACUCCGAUAUUCGAUAUCAAAUAUCUAAGAUUAUUUGACAGAGCAAUUUGCUCACGGGUGGAAACAUCUCAUAUUAUCUUUAUAUAUAUUAAGAAAAAAGAGUAUUAAAAGUAAUAAUCGGAUAUCUUUUUAGCUCUACAAAGUGACAUGGCUAUGUUGAUGAUUGAUAGCAAAAUUGAUGGUGAGAAAAUGAACGCUUCAACACAAAAAUCUGCAGCCAGAAAGGUAUGAACAACUCGACAAGUUCUACAUUUUAGAAUAACAUUGCUGGUUGGAAGUGCUAAGCAGAAAAGAAGAGAUUAGAUAACUUUUAUUUUUUGAGGGAUAGCUUGAAACUGCAAUCUCGCUGUACAGUAGAAGUAUUCUACCAAAUGACCAUGCCAAAAACUUGAAAAUAAAAAAAUGUUUUAAAUACCAAGCAUAGACGGUAAAAAAUCAAAAGAUAAAAUAUAAGAGAAGCUUUUCGUAAAAACUAUUUACAUCAUCAGUCUCUAUGUACAACAAAAUUCUUUCAAUAAAAUUAACCUGCUUUUAAAUUUUUAACCCUUCAUAAUUAUUCGACUUGGGUGUACUUAAAAGCACGAUUAAUUACGUAAAUUUAGGUAAUCCCAUUGCGAAAAAGUGACAAUGAUUGGUGAUCUACUUGAUCAUUUAAUUCCGGUCUGCGUAAAGUAAUAGAGAAAGCCUUCUUUUAUAUUUUAACUUAAUUUUAAUGCUUAUUCGUAUUUUGGAUUUGGAGUUAUUCGAUAAAGGCUUCAGAGGAGAGGUUAUUGUCAGUGCUUCUGAGUUUCCGUGCAUGCCAUACAUCACAGAAAUUUCUAAAACAACAUCAACACGUCGCAACAGGACCCAUUUCACUAUUGAUUUUGAAACAUUAGCUGACACCAAGAACAGAUUGGACACCUUGAGCAACAAGAAUGUUGUCUACAACAAAGGCUUGACGGCUUGUUCACCUAUUUCCCCUGUCACUAAAUACCAAUCACGAAUUGCAGCAAUGAACAAGCACGCAGGUGUUUUUGGUAUGACUUAUACCUGGUCAGUAGACCGCAGCUAUACCUUGGAAUGGUAUUCAAACUACUUCACCGGUAUCAUUACCAACUAUCCUGGCUUACUCGCUAAAGUUGUUAAGGAUAAAAAAAUCAGAUUAGCAACACAUUCUGACAAGAUUCCUGCUGCAACAUCCAGCACACCGCUCACCAACACCGACAAAUACGAAUCUUGCAAUUGCGAUUACUACCCUGGAGGUUGCAAAAUCGAAAAAGCAGCACCAAAAGGGUAUGCGUGUCAAUGCACAUACCAAGGUGCUUGGACAUGUCAUGGCUGGGUGGUUUUGUGCAGUGAUAAAGACAGUAGAAAAUGCCGAUUUCCAGACACAUCAAUUGAGUCGUGUCGAGAAGGACGCGGAGACUGUGGAGCUUAUUAAAAUUCAAAUGACUAUAUUCUUCUGAAAGGGAUUGAUUAUUGUAUUACCUUAGAUUGUGAAGCUUACACAGCUUAAGUAUAUUCUUAUUAAAGAGAUUGAUUAUUGUAUUUACUGCUUUCACUAGUAUAUUUAAAGGUAGUUAAAUAGCUUGCUAAUACUAAUUUUGUUUCUACUUAAAUACAUCAGCGGUGUAAGGAAUAUC